AUGGCGCAGAAGCACAUGAGCACGGCCAAAACAGACAGAAUAUUGGAGAACUCUGCCACGGACACGAGCAUCGCAGUCAUGGCGACCAACAUCGCGCGGCCGAUAAGCGUACUAACGAUUGACGGUGGUGGUGUGUUGUGCUGUGCCGACCUGUGGUCGGGUCAAGACGAAAACGAAAAAUCCAAAAAAAUUCAACUAAAAACAAACGCACCUGGCACCUCGUCGGCCGUUUGCUAUGCAAUUAUAUUAUUAUCUCGUGUGCCUAUCGCGAUUAAUCGGAUGAGGUGA